AUGGGAGGUCGUGCGACUCGUGGCAGCACGGCAAAGUCCGCUCCAAAACCUAGUCAAUCAAACAAAGUGAAUGCAAGGUCAUUGCGACCAAACUCCAACCCGAAUACUCCAGCUACGUCGUCGAAGAAGAAGAAGAAGAGGAACCUCAUCGAUUUGACCCAAGACGACGAAGAUGAAGUCGAAUCAUCACAUUCCAGUGCUAAGAAGGCGAAGCAGGUCCAAGAGAAACGUCUCAAGAUGUUUCGCAAGCAAGCACCACAAAGCUUCCUCACCAAGUUGGAACGUGCUACCAGUCAGAGGAUGGUUGUAAUAGGCCGUACGCGCUCGGGAGAAGGAGAGGAUCUACAUGAAGACAUCGAUAUCGUUGGCACCACGGGAAACAUCUACACUGUCACGGUCGGCCGUCUCCCCAGCUGUACCUGCCCUGACCACCUGAAAGGCAAUGAAUGCAAGCACAAGGUCUACGCCCUGGCUGUGGUCCUUCAAGCCCCAUACGAAUACCAGUAUCAACGUGCAUUGCUAACCCCAGAAGUACACCAGUUGCUCGCAGACGCACCCCAAAUUCCUUAUGCCGACGCAGACACGAAGGAAGAUUCUAGAGGGAAGAGGAAGCCAAUCGAAGGAGAGUGUCCCAUCUGCUACAUGGAUUUCGAUCCAGACAACAACGAGCUUGUUUGGUGCAAAGCCGCUUGUGGUAACAACAUGCACAAAUCUUGUUUCGAUCAGUGGGCUGCCAGCCAACGUGGUCAAGGUGUGAAAUGUGUAUACUGUCGAACACCUUGGCAAAAUGAUCAAGGCGAUCUGGCAUCAAUCAAGUCUAGUGGUGUAGAGAGCGGAGAGGGUUAUGUCAACGUCGCUGACCAGUUUGGCAUAUCAAGAGCUCGCGAUUAUUCCUCCUAUCACCAACCGUGGGCGAGACGAAACUUUGGAUACGGUUAA